CCCGUGUAUUCGCGAGCGAACGAUGAAGAUGCGAGCGAGAACAAUCCUUGUCGCUUGUUUCGCGAUCUUGACGUUUAAUAAUAUUGACACGGAGAGCGUAGAAGUUUCGUCGAAGGUCGAUUUUGAUUCUGACGAAAAUAAAGAGACUUUAAGCAACGCGACUUUCGUUACGAUCGUGAAACUGAAUGAUUCUGCUGAUCUAUCGAAAUCAAUUUCGCGUGCGUCAGAACCGUCGAGAGCUAGCUGGCGUCAUAAAAGCGGGCUCGUAAAAUCAAACGAACCAAGAAAAAGAAGAAUUUGUUCUUCGCAGGAUGAUUCAACUAAACAACCAAAGAUUAUCAAUAACAUUCAAAUCGUUAUAAACAGCAAUGAUAGUCUACCAAACGAAAAUUCCUGUAAAGAUUCUGGUAUAUGUGAUGUAUCCGUUUCUUCAAAACCAGACGGAAAAGGAAAUAUUGUAACUGAAGUGCAUCUUAGCAUUAUCACAAAUGCAAAGCCAAACGCUAAAAUCGAUGAUAUUCCAGUAAUUGACAGUUUUCAAGGUAUCAAAGAUCACGAGGAAAAACCAAUUUUUCAUCCAAUAAGCCGAAAUCCAUUAUAUUCACAUCGCGAUAACAUUCCACAGAUUCAAACUAAUUAUCAAGGAUAUGGCGAGCCCCGGUAUCAUCAUCGAACUUUUCAACGACCGCGUACAUAUUGGAGUUAUCACCACUUUAGAAAUGGUGAUAAUGUAGAAUUUCGAGGUCGUAAAAUACGGCCGCAAGAUAAACCCAUAGUGGAUGAUAAGAUUGACCCACCACUUAGCAGAACCAAACUUAGUGACGAUACAUAAUCAGGAAAUGAUUUAUUA